AUGCUGGACGCUGCGGAUGAUUUUUCCAACGAGCUGAGUAUCGACGAACUCCGGUGGUUAGAAGCCAGUGCUAUCUUCGACUUUCCACCUUUGUCAGAGAAACCAAUAUCUUGUGAAGACACUAACCUACCUUUAUCCCCCGAGAAUAUUUGUGUCCGACCUGCAACACCUCCUCCCCGUCGUUCCCGCUCUGCCACUGUUCACGCUUCAGCUCCAAGUUCCGAGUGGAUUUAUCGCCGACCCAAAUCUCCCCCCGAUUCUCGUCGAUGUACAUCCACCCACUCCCCUUCUUUAACGACGUCUCGCCCUCGUAACCGGAGCGGGCAAGAUGUCCCCUCUUCCGUCCCCCGCUCCCUUUCAAAUUCAAGCACCCGCACAGAGACUGGCCCAAGACCUGCCCCCAAGAGGGAUCGGCAGGACGAAACUUUUCCAUCUGAUUCAAUCAGUCCCUUCUGGCCAACGAUCCUCCGUCCUCGGUCCCGUUCCGAACGAUCCGCCCCCUUGCUUAAAUAUAUUCCUUCAGUUAACGUUGCUUCCCCUUCUCCCACUUUGUAUUCCUCUUUCUCCACUUUGAACCACACGUCUCCAUCAAGGCCUGUGCGUGUUCGUCCUGCAUCGAUCGCAUCAACACUUUCGAGCACUUCUUCGCAUUCAUCUUCUACACCCGAAACACCAAUCUCGCCUGGUUUUGCUGUCCCUUGCAGCAAACCACGCAGGACAUACCAACGCCGGAACAAUGACCCCAGACUACCACCUUUGUCUGCCUCGUGUCCAUCCAAAUCAAUCUUGACACGAACGUCGUCCAUUUCCACAAAGAACUCCACCACUACCGCGCACAAAUCGGUCAAGUUUGUGGACGCCCCCACUGUUCACUAUGCGGCACCCUCCUAUUGGAGUGCCGACGAAAGGAUCGAUCGUGAUGUUGCUGGGCAUGGUGUGGACAUGGGAAUAGAUGUAGACGGGAUGGACAUGGACAUGCCGGUGUCCAUGGAGAGGAGCAUCUAUCCAGGCAGAGACCACCAGCUUGGUCCAGCCCACCUGUGCGAAGAACUUCAGCCCAGUGCACCUACCCCAGAAAAGGAAAAAGCCAGCAGUCUGAAACGGUUCAUCAUGACCCGAAGAGCACCUGAUGCCCCAUCCCCCUCCAGAAAUCAACUCCUUUCGACAUCGCCUCGACCCACAAUAUCUGGCCCAUACGCACUGGGCACCUUUAACUCAUUACCGCGCUCCACCACCUCCACAUUCAACCCCAGUAAGUCAACCGACAUAGCUCAAUCCGGUAUUUCGCUGCGACCCGCGCCGUCGCUUGAGAGUUUUCGUAGUGUUCAAAGUACGGCCGCUAAAAGUGCGCAUAGCGUGGGGAGUGUGAGGAGUACCGCGAGCACGCGAGGAUUUAGGGCUUGGUUGGAACGCAUGGGCAACGCAUGGUCUGGAACUUAG